UAAAAAAAUUCCAACCAAAACCCUCGUCUUCUUCGUCUUUAAACCUCUUCUCCUCUCGCCACCUCCUCCUCCACCGCCGCCGCCGCCGCCACCUCCGCCGCCGCCGCCGCCGCCGCAGCCACGGCGAAGUCCUUCAUCCGCCUAUUUCGACUGGCCGGGACCGAGCUCGCCUCGGACGAUGAGGAAGAAGGUGGACGAUCGCAUCCGAACCCUAAUCGAGAAUGGCGUCAAGCUCAGGCACCGCUCUAUGUUCAUCAUCGUCGGCGACAAGUCCCGCGACCAGGUUGUGUAUCUCAACCACAUGCGCAGCAACGCAGUUGUAAAAGCUCGCUCUAAGGUACUUUGGUGCUAUAAGGAGAAAUGCGAGCUCAGCAGUGACGAGAAGAAACGGGCAAAGCAGAUAAAGAAGUGGAUACAGCAAGGAUUGAUGGACCCCAAAAGAGCAGAACUUUUCUCACUUUUUCUUCAAACUUCAGAUAUGAAAUAUUGCUUGUACAGCAAGUCUGAACAAAUUCUUGGAAACACAUUUGACAUGUGCAUACUUCAGGAUUUUGAGGCUUUGACACCUAAUCUCCUGGCAAGAAUUAUUGAGACUGUAGAGGGUGGUGGUUUGAUUGUGUUGCUGCUUCGUUCUCUUUCUUCUCUUUCUAGUCUGUACACCUUGGUCAUGGACGUGCAUGAGAGGUUUCGAACAGAGUCUCAUUCUCAGAUCACUGCUAGGUUUAAUGAGAGGUUCUUGCUAUCUGUUGCAUCAUGCAAGGCCUGUGUUGUAAUGGAUGAUGAGCUUAACAUCUUGCCGAUAUCAUCUCAUAUAAGAUCAAUUCAACCUGUACCGAUCACAGAGGAUCCUGGGGCUUUGUCACAAGGGGAGCAGGAGCUUAAGGAUUUAAAGGAGCAAUUCUGUGAGGAUUUCCCUGUUGGCCCUUUAAUUGGCAAGUGUUUCACUAUGGAUCAGGGGAAAGCAGUGAUUAAUUUUCUGGAUGCUAUUUUGGAUAAAACUCUACGGAACACCGUUGCCUUAAUAGCAGCUCGUGGGCGUGGGAAAUCAGCUGCGCUUGGUCUGGCUGUUGCAGGAGCUGUUGCUGCAGGGUAUUCAAACAUUUUUGUUACUGCUCCCAGCCCAGAAAAUCUUAAUACUUUAUUUGAGUUUGUCUGCAAGGGAAUUAAUGCUUUGGAAUACAAGGAGCAUUUGCAUUAUGAUGUGGUGAAAAGUGCUGAAGGAACGAUGCAAAUAAAUGUCUACAAGCAACAUCGCCAAACAAUCCAGUAUCUGAGGCCACAUGACCAUGGAAAGCUUUCUCAAGUUGAGCUCCUAGUUAUCGAUGAAGCUGCAGCUAUUCCGUUGCCUAUUGUAAAAUCUUUGCUUGGACCUUAUCUGGUCUUCCUCUCAUCAACUGUCAAUGGCUAUGAAGGUACUGGGCGCUCAUUGUCGUUGAAGCUUCUCCAACAAUUGGAAUCACAAAAUCACAUAACUACGCAUAAUGAUGGCCCCCUAUCUGGUAGGCUGUUCAAGAAGAUCGAAUUGAAUGAAUCUAUCAGAUAUGCCUCUGGCGAUCCAAUUGAGUCAUGGCUUAAUAGUUUACUAUGCUUGGACGUAGCCAAUUUCAUACCAAAUAUUAGCAGGUUACCUCACCCAAGAGAAUGUGAUCUUUACUAUGUCAACCGAGACACGCUUUUCUCAUAUCACAAGGAGAGUGAGAUAUUUUUGCAGCGGAUGAUGGCCCUUUAUGUUGCUUCCCAUUAUAAGAAUUCGCCGAAUGAUUUGCAAUUGAUGGCUGAUGCACCGGCUCACCACUUGUUUGUGUUGCUAGGUCCGGUUGAUGAGUCGAAAAAUCAGCUCCCAGAUAUUUUAUGUGUCAUUCAGGUUUGUCUGGAAGGACAAAUAUCACAAAAAUCCGCUAUAAAAAGUUUAAGUGAGGGCCACCUACCGUCUGGUGACCUAAUACCGUGGACAUUUUGCAAGCAAUUUCAAGACACUGUAUUCCCAAGUCUCUCAGGAGCUAGGAUAUUGAGGAUUGCUGUCCAUCCAAAUGCCUUGAGGCUUGGGUAUGGCUCAACUGCUGUGGAGCUCCUAACGAGGUAUUUCGAGGGCCAAAUGACACUUUUUGGAGAGGUCAAUGAGGAAGAAACUGAGGAUCCUAAAAUUAAAGUCACUGAAGCUUCAGAGAAGGUUGCUUUAUUAGAAGAGAGUAUAAAGCCCCGAGCAAACCUUCCUCCUCUUCUUGUGCAUCUUUGUGAACGCCCUCCUGAAAAGCUCCACUACCUUGGCGUUUCAUUUGGAUUAACAUAUAAUCUCUUCCGUUUCUGGAAGAAACAUAAUUUCUAUCCGUUCUACAUUGGCCAUAUUCCAAGUGCUGUGACUGGAGAGCAUACAUGCAUGGUCCUGAAGCCAUUGCAUAACGAUGAAACCAAAGUCAAUAAAUCCGAUGAUUGUGGAUUUCUCGAUCCGUUCUAUCAAGAUUUUAGACAGAGAUUUAGGCGACUUUUGGGCACUGCUUUUUGUGCACUUGAUUUCAAGCUUGCAAUGAGCAUUCUGGCCUCAAAGAUAAGUUUCGCAGACGAUGGACCCCCAUCAGUUGACAUGGAUGAAAAUAUUAAGCAAAUGAGGGACUUAUUGUCCCCAUAUGACAUGAAGCGGCUGCAGGCGUAUACUAACAACCUUGUCGAUUAUCGUAUGAUUCUAGAUCUUGUGCCCAUUCUAGCACAUCAGUAUUUCCAAGAGAAGCUUCCUGUAACAUUAAGUGCUCUUCAAGCCUCAGUUUUAUUCUGUAUGGGUCUGCAGAACAAAGACGUUGCUUCUCUCGCGGAAGAAAUGGGAUUAGAAAUAGGGCAGAUCCUACCGUUGUUCUUUAAGGUGAUGAAAAAAUUGUACAACUACCUCAACGAUGUUGUAUCGAUGGAAAUCGAUGCAACUUUACCUCGACUUAAAGAAGUAAGUCAGCAGGUUGCAAUGAUCCCUCACAGCAAAACGGUGGAUGAAGAUCUUAAUGAGGCAGCAAGGGAAGUAAUGGGCAAAAUGAAAGCAGAUAAAGAAGACAAACUGAAUCCAGAAUACCUACAGCAAUAUGCCAUUGCAGAUAGAGAAGGCGAUUUUGAGAAGGCUCUCCAAAAUGGAGGGAAGGUGUCUGCGAGUGGCCUAAUUAGUGUGAAAUCCGACAGGGCGAGGAGCGAUAAGCCGGGAAAUCACAAGGAGAUGGGCAAAGCCAAAAGAAAAGGAAAUGAUAGCAACAGAGGGGGAUCAAAGAAAAAGAAGUUCUAAAGGUUUCAUUUCCGAAAAUUUCGUGCGUUAAGCAGCCCAAGUCGGCGAUUUUGGAAUUAUCAUAGACAAAUCCAGUAUCAAAUUCUUUUGGGGAUCAAAUAUAAUAGGGUGUAGGCAUAAUUUAAAAAGCUGGUUCUUCGGAGAGUUUUUUGAGUUUGUUAUUUUAGAUUCGAUGAGCGAUGUAUAAUUUGUUCUUUUUCUUGCAUUAUUUUAAAGGUGUUAUGCGUUUUUCUAUUUGCUAUAAAAAUUUUUUGACCACUUUGCGUGCACUUAGGCAGAGAAAUCUGACUAUAUGAGAUUACUUCUAAAUAAUUUAUUUAUUUUGUUUUAUUUUUA